CAAACAAGCUAAAUAAUAUUUCUAAAACCAUAAUACGCCAGAACACAUCGUUUCACAUUCAAUUAAAAAUAAAACCGUCGAAUCCUGCAUACCAUGCCCGUCGGUACUUACAACAACCCAGAUGAGUUAUGGCCUUUCCAGGGCAGAGUAGAAAACAAAAGCAGAAUAGACAACUCUGUUAUGAAUUAACUGCCCAAGAAAAGAGAACAGGCAAAUGGCAGAGACAGAGACAGGUGCAGGGGCAGGGGCAGGGAAGGAAGUAGUAUUGGUAACAGGGUGCACGCCCGGAGGGAUCGGGCACGCCAUGGCAAUGGAAUUUGCCCAUAUGAAAUGCCAAGUAGUGGCCACCGCCCGGUCCUUUUCCUCCCUGGAAGCCCUCCGCACCAAUGCUCAGGUGGCCCUCCACACAGUGCAGCUGGAUGUUCUAUCCGAGACAAGCAUUGAAGAGGCAGUACGAACUGUCAUGGACAUGUAUGGGCGCAUAGAUAUACUUGUCAACAAUGCAGGCGUGCACAGUGUUGGUCCCCUUGCUGAGCUGCCCAUGGAACUUUUGCAAUCAACUUUCAACACCAAUGUUUUUGGUACGAUGCAGGUGAUAAAGGCUGUCGUGCCUCACAUGGCAUCGAGGAGGAAGGGGAAGAUAGUUAACAUUGGAAGCGUGUCAGUGUUGGUUUGCAAUCCCUGGGCUGGUGCUUACGCUGCAUCCAAAGCUGCCCUUCAUUGUUUAUCUGAUAGUCUCAGGGUAGAAUUGAAGCCAUUUGGGAUAGAUGUAAUCACAGUGGUUCCUGGGGCAAUUAAAUCUAAUUUGGGUUAUAAUUCCUCAACUAUUUACUCGAAUCUUCCAGAAUGGAGGCUCUACAAACCUUUUGAAAAAGCAAUUCGUGAAAGGAUUGAUAUUUUUCAAAAGAAUGAUUGCACCCCAACAAAUGUUUUUGCAAAGAAAACUGUGGAUAUCCUUCUAAGAAGAAAGUCCCCUCCUUGGUUUUCAUAUGGCCAGUUCUCCAUUAUAACAUCCAUCAUGUAUUAUUUACCAAUAUGUCUGAGAGAUUUUAUCGCAAGAAGAGUAUAUAAAGUAUCGACCCUUGAAAAUGUCAAGGAUAAAUAA